GACUCUAGGCCCUCCUUUUCUGUUUGAAAAUAAGCCCUGGUGUUGUUAACCCUGUGCAGGGGCCCCAGCCGCAGCUGCUAUGGGCAGGGGGAAGGGGAAGGGGGGGGCGUAGCCGAGGCCCGCUUUCCAGCCCGUUUGCAUUUCCUCGGUCAGUCCGCAAACCCUGAUUUCCAUCAUAAUUACAGCGAGGAUUUAUUUAUACAGUACAUUAGGAUUAGUUGGUAAAUGUGUCAUCUCGUUUAGCACCCUGGGAAGUAGGUGCUAUUGUUAGCCCCAUUUUACAGAUGAGGAAACCGAGGCCUAGAGUCAAAGCUGGACAUUUUCCAUCACACAUGAUGCUUCUUGAGGUUAAGGGGGCAUUUGCCAUCCCUGCAGGUUUGGGCCCUCCCCCAGUAGGAUGUAGAUUUCCUUUGGCCUGGAUCCUUGGAGUCAGGCACCGAAUGGGUGGUUGGGACAGCGGAGGCCCAGGCCGCCUCCCAGCCCAGCCCUCCCCCUCUUAUCACCCUCCCAAGGCCAAACUGGUCCAAGGCCGGAGGUGACCAGGCACAGUCCCUUCCUUCCUCCUCAGGCCCCCAGGAAAGGAUCCCCUGGCCACCCAAAGUAUCUUUUCCUGAGCGGGUGUUGUAGGGAGGCCUAGGAACAGGCUGUGCCUGGCUGGCCCCAUCCCCAUCCAUUCCCCUGCUGCCCCCAGGGGAGUGGGGAUGAGGGUGGGUGGGGAUUUGUUGUCCUCAGACCCAGGCCUUCAGACUCCCCCCCCCCCCGCUCCCUCCCCACCCCCUCUCUCCGUCUCUGUAGUCUCUGUCUCUCUUCUCUCUCUCCAGCCAGAGCCAGACUAUGGAGGAGCCGGAGGAACGUUGAGACUUGCUCGCGGCCCAGGGCGUGACUCACCUCCAGACACAACCAGCCAGAAUCCAGCCCUGGGGAGGGAAAGGGGGAGGGGAGGGGGCCGAGGGGGAGGGGGCCCAAUUACCUCACUGGAGUUAUUAAAGUCAUAGUGUCCCCAGCCUCUGCGCAGGCUGGAGGCAGGUUAGAAGAGCCCUGAAGGCCGAGGAAGGGGUGGGAACGUUUCCCCUCCCCAAAGGCUUGGGGGAAGGGGGCUGAGAUAGUGACUUCCCCCACUCCACUCCCACGGACCGGGAGCUUAAGGUGGAAGUCUGAUUAGUGUCGGGCGGGCUCUGGGCAGAGCGAUAGGAGGAAGCGCCAGGAAGGCUGGGGGCGGGUGGUGGUUAGCUCCUAAGGACUGCGAGGUUAGUGGGGCUGGUCAGCUCCGCCGGAGGCUGGAGGCGGCUUCCAGCUCCCAAGCCUCUCCCACUCCGCCCGCGGCAGAGACUCUGUAGAGGGGCUUCCUCGGCCACGGGGACCUCAUCCCCACGCCUCCACCUGCAGCCCCCUCCUGCACCUGGGAGGAGAGGAGGGUCCGCUCUGGGGCUCUCACGGUCCGCUGCGCUUCCUAGGAUGAAGGCGCCCCGAGCCCGGAGGGAUCCCGUCUAGAGCGCGCACUGAGAUCCGUGGCAUCGGCGCAGGGGCAGGAAUUCAGGGCUGGGGGCCAGUCCCCCUGGCAUUCCCUCUCCGCUGGCUGCGGUCCUGCGGAUAAGGCGCUUGGAGAUCCACGGACACCUCGGGGCACAGCAGUGAGGGCCCCAAGGAUGACCAGCAGCCCGGUCCCAGCCAUGGCAGAGAAGGAGAAGAGUAGUAUUCAGUGUUCAGCCUCUAAAAGCAUCCGGCCCUUCCGCUCCAGCGAGGAGUACCUGGAUGCCAUGAAGGAAGACCUUGCCGAGUGGCUGAAUGCCCUGUAUGGCCUUGCCGUCCCUGGCGGUGGCGGGGGCUUCCUGGAGGCGCUGGAGACCGGGGCGGUGCUGUGCCGCCAUGCCAACAACGUCAACGGCAUCGCCAGGGACUUCGCGGGCAGCCACCCGGAGGCUGCUGGCCUCUUGCGCUUGCCUUCCAGAGAGGUGGUGUUCCAAGCUCACGGAGUGGCCCCAGGCUCCUUCCUGGCCCGAGACAACGUGUCCAACUUCAUCACCUGGUGCCGCGGAGAGCUGGGCAUCCCGGAGGUUCUGAUGUUUGAGACGGACGACCUGGUCUUACGCAAGAAUGAGAAGAACUUUGUGCUCUGCUUGCUGGAGGUGGCCCGUCGGGGCUCCAAGUUUGGGGUGCUGGCCCCGAUGCUCAUCCAGCUGGAGGAGGAGAUUGAGGAGGAGCUGAGGGACCAGGCCAGGGAGCCCGGGCCUCCCACCACUGGGGACGAGGAUAGGGACCAGCGCCCGGCGGACCCGGCCUCCGGGAUUGGGGCCUACCGCAGCCGGGGCCCCAGGAUGACCCCGUGUGACCUCCGGAACCUCGAUGAGCUGGUUCGAGAGAUUUUGGGCCACUGCACCUGCCCAGACCAAUUCCCCAUGAUCAAAGUGUCGGAGGGGAAGUACAGAGUGGGGGACUCCAGCGCCCUCAUCUUUGUUCGAGUCCUUCGAAGCCACGUGAUGGUGAGGGUGGGAGGAGGCUGGGACACACUGGAACAUUACUUGGAUAAGCAUGACCCAUGUCGGUGUGCCUCUCUCUCACACCGGCUGCCCCAGCCUCGGGCACUGGCCUUCUCUCCACAGAAGGCAUCCCCGGCCCCCAGCCCUCGACCCUCCAGUCCCGGGGCUCAGCACUGGCCAGACGCGGGGAGUCCUGCCCCAGGAGGGGAGCGCCGGGGCUCUAGGCCUGAGGGGCUCCCUGCCCGUCUUGGGGCUGGGGGAGCAGGUUCCCCUCAGGCCUGCGCAAACCCCCGAGGCCAUCGGGAUGGGCCAGAAACUCGACAAUCCAACCCACCGAGGCCCCGGGAUCAGCUGCCCCCCAGGUCCCGCCGCUGCUCAGGUGACAGUGACUCGUCAGCUUCCUCUGCACAGAGCGGCGUCUUGGGCUGUUGCCAGGGUGAAGAGGGGUCCCCGGGACCCCGGAAGGACAGUAACAGCCGAGUGACCAGGGUCCCAGCUCCACUCAGGAGACCCCCAGCGCACCGGAGCAAGUCCCGGGAUCGGGGCCCCGGGCCCAAUCCCCGUGUAGAGGAGCGAGGUCGGCCCCGAGGCGCCCACAGCGGAAGAGAUGCCCGUCUGGCAGCCCCGAGCCCUGCCCGGCGGGCCCGCAGCCAGGGCCGGGAGGACCACGCGAUGCUUCUCAUCCACCGAGACAGGGACGGUCAGCACUCGUGGGCUCGCCCCUGUGGCUCCGGCAGAAGCACCCCCAGGGCAAGGAGCCCCGCCGUUCCCCGUGCCCGGCCCCCGCCCCCCGCGGUCCCAGACCCCCCCCAGCCCCUGCAGGUGGUAGACACCCUCUGCCAGGAACUUGAGGAGCUGGCUCGGACCUUCCGGGCCCCCCUGGACCCGCGGCAGGAGCAGCAGCUGUAUCGCUGCCUGGAGGAGGAAUUCCUGGCCAACUCGAAGGCGCUGGAGGCCGAAAGGGCCUCCCUGCCCCAGGCCCCCCAGACCACCCCGGAGCCUGUGGCCCCUGACUCUGCAUACUGCUCCUCCAGCUCCUCCUCAUCCUCCCUCAACUUCUUUAGCAAGCACGGCCCCCCCGCAGAGGCCUCCCGCAUGGGGUCGGCCCCCGAUGGGCUGGCCACCGUCCCCAAUGGCUCAGGCGAGGGGCGCCGCCGGGGCCCGGCUCUCUCCAGCUCUUCAGAUGAGAGUAAUUACUGCCCUGCUCUCAAUGAUGUGCAGGAGGUACCUGAGGCGGGCUGGAGUGAGGUGGAAAUCGCAGGCUCGGGGGAGGAGCAGGGGGGGCCAGGGCUCCGGCCGGCCAGGCCCUCCCUGGCUGCAGACCAGCUAAGACCAUGCGCCCGUCCUCGGGUGGACAACCAGCCAGACCGAAAGCCAUCCCGCAUCCCUACCCCUCUGGCCCCCCGCAGGCCUUCAGCCGAUCACAGGGCCUGGCAGGGUCUGCACUCAGCCCUCUCGGGCUUUCUGGAGCCCCUGGCUCAGGUGCCAAGGGGAGAGACUAGGCAGGAGGAGGGUGCCUGUAUGUGACCCCCUCCGAGUCCUUGCCACUAUGGCUGGGGCGCCCCUUCCCUGGGACCACCGAGGCUAGGGCUGGGACAGAAUUAGCAUUGCUGUUGGCCCCCCAGCUGGGCCCCCCCUUAUGUUUGCCCCCCCAGCCCCUUCUUCCUUCCUCUGUGGCCUUAGUUCUAACUGGGUCCAUCGGACCCAUCAGACUUCCGCUCCCUGAGUCCAGGGACCAAUGUCAGGGAAAGAGGAGACUGCGGCUGACUUUUUAAGUUUGUGGCUUUAGGGUUGAGGGGAGGCAGGUGGCCUGGACUGUCCCCCCAUCCCUCCCCUGUACUGUAUAAGUGGGCAUAGCAGAUCUAUUUAAAUCUAAUAUAUUGAGAGAGAGAGAGAGAGAGAGAGAGAGAGAGAGAGAGAGUGUGUGUGUGUGUGUGUGUGAAGAGAGAGAGAGCCCUAGGCCAAGCCCUGGCCCUGCUGAAGACCCCCACCCCCUCCCCUGCUCUGUAAGCCUUCCUGGCCCUGAGAGAUUCUUAGCUGACAAGAGUAAACUAGUGUCCAUC